UCUCUCCUUCAUCCAUACCUUUGGCGAUCUGUCUAUUAAUCUGUGAUUUUGUGACCUGUGCAGCCUGUGGCGACUUUAACACAGCCAACCUCUAUUAAAUACUACAAUUGUUUAAGAUAGAAAAUGUCACGCUAUCGUGAAUGGGACCUGUCCUGUAAGGUAUAUGUUGGCAAUCUGGGUAGUAGUGCAAGCAAACAUGAAUUAGAAGGUAAAUUUAGUAAAUAUGGCCCUCUGAGAAAUGUGUGGGUGGCCAGAAAUCCACCUGGUUUUGCAUUUGUGGAAUUUGAGGACCCACGAGAUGCUGAAGAUGCAGUGAGAGGACUAGAUGGAGUACACUUGUGUGGUACAAGAGUGAGAGUAGAAAUGUCCUCUGGAAGAAGUCGACGAGGCGGUGGUGGUCGCAGACCUGGUCCUAGAUAUUCCAGGUCGAGAUCUCGCAGCCCUCGCAGGAGAUCAUUGACUCGCAGUCGCAGCCGAGAUCGUCGUUCACGUUCGGAUUCCCGCGACAGACGAUUACCAUUCUCGAAGAUACUUUUAGGUUAUAUUCGUCCGUUUGACGUUCAGGGAAAAGUUGCCGGUGCAAAGAAAAGAGAGCCUCAAGUUCUCGAGGCGUCGUUCGGCAAGAAAAUGUCGCGCUAUCGUGAAUGGGAUCUGUCCUGUAAGGUAUAUGGUAAUCUGGGCAGUAGUGCAAGCAAACACGAAAUAGAGGGUAAGUUCAGUAAGUAUGGUCCACUGAGAAAUGUAUGGGUAGCCAGAAAUCCACCUGGUUUUGCAUUUGUGGAAUUUGAGGAUCCACGAGAUGCUGAAGAUGCAGUGAGAGGACUCGAUGGAAUACACUUGUGUGGCACCAGAGUGCGAGUAGAAAUGUCAUCUGGGAGAAGUCGACGAGGCGGUGGUGGUCGCAGACCCGGUCCUAGAUAUUCCAGAUUCUACCAGCGUCAGCUCCUAGCUCUGCUCGUCUCCCCGCCACUACUACUACUGCUACUUCUUCUACUACCACUACUACAGCCACCGUGAAAAAGCGUAUUCGUACGCGAAAAAAAGCAAAAU